UUACUAUUUCAUUGCCGAGGUGGCUUUUGGAUUACCUUUCAACGGCUACAACCAACUGAAUUCCAAGUUUCUAUCCAUUCAUUUCCUACGAUUUUACCGAAACUGUGACUCGUGACUUUAAAAAUAUUUUCGAUACCAACCUAUCGAAUAUCGCUCAUACCUAAACUACAAAUUUUUUAUUUUAAUUUGUCAGCGGACAAAUUUUUCGUGUAAAGAGAUGGAGAAAAAGUCUGCCGUUUCGAGUUUGCAGGAAUUCUGCGCCAAGAGCAAGACCCCGGUGCCGAAAUACGACUAUAUCGACGGCGAGGACGGAGGAUACGUUUGCAAAAUCGUACUAAUGGAUAUCGAAGCCUAUGGAAAUGGUCGCUCAAAGCGCGACUCCAAACACCUGGCAGCCGCAAAUAUUAUGAAGAAGUUGCGCACAAUACCCGGCCUAAGUGAGCAUCUGUCGGAGGAUACAAAUGGAAAUGGCCUUGGCAACUGUUCGGAUAUGUACGAUGAGCUAAAGAACCUAAAUCGGGAUAUGCUCAAGGAGCUGCGCGACUACUGCGUUCGCAAUGAGAUGCCACUGCCGGUCAUCGAAAUUGUGCAGCAGAGCGGCACUCCAGACGCACCCGAAUUCGUGGCCUGCUGCUCGGUGGCCUCCAUCAAGCGUUACGGCAAGUCGGACAAAAAGAAGGAUGCCCGCCAGCGUGCCGCCAUCGAGAUGCUGUCGGUCAUCACAGCUGAUUUGGGCAAGCUUUCCGGCAUGGAGGUGGUCAGCACCAAGCCCUCGGAACAGGCUGGUGCACCGCCUCUCGAUACCACCAAUGACAUAGAGGCCGAACGUCGUCUGAUUUUCACCACCUACCGCGAUCUCACCGAUUCGGGCAACACUGAAUUCGUGGGCCGCAAACUGUGCGAUGCCCACAACUACUACAAGAACUUCUUUCCGCACCUGAAGAAGGCCGCCUUCGAUGUCAUCAAUUCCAAGGACUACGAGAACGAAAAGGAUCAGCUUAUGGAUCUUCUCAGUGCUCUCAAUAUUACACCCGAAUUCUCUACAGUGCCAUCGAAUAGCAAGCGGACAAUUGUUAAAGUUGAGCUAAACGUUGAUUUUGAUCGCGUUUUUCUUGAUUUUGAGGACCGGAUCCAUAGCUAUAUGAUAAAUUACUUCAAGAUUAUGCUUGAAUAGAAGUUAAUUUCAUUAUGACGAAUUUACCUUUAACUUUACAUUGACACAAAUGUAGAUGGGAUUGAAUCCCCCCUUAAAACUUACCAUUAAAGCAUUUAACCUCACACCCCUUAUAUAUGCACCAUCUAGACGAGCCCAAAGUAUAUAGUAUAUAUGUAUAUAUCUAUUAUAUUAUUAACAUUUUUAUUAUAGCUAUGUAUAUAGGGGGUGGCUUACAACUAAAUAAACUUGUAUCCUAUUUACACUCUAAA